UCCUCCUGCUCUGUGGCGCCGUCCUCCACUCGUCGCCUCCUCCUCCAAACAACACGGCGUUUCUACAUCACCCGACAACAUGGAGGCCGUCAAAACCUUUAACAGCGAGUUAUACUCGCUGAAUGAUUACAAACCGCCAAUUUCCAAGGCUAAAAUGACCCAGAUUACCAAGGCUGCAAUUAAAGCCAUUAAGUUUUACAAGCAUGUUGUUCAGAGUGUUGAAAAAUUCAUCCAGAAGUGUAAACCAGAGUAUAAAGUUCCAGGACUGUAUGUGAUAGACUCCAUUGUACGGCAAUCAAGACACCAGUUUGGUCAAGACAAGGAUGUUUUUGCUCCUCGGUUUAGCAAUAACAUUAUCAACACAUUUCAGAAUCUAUAUCGCUGUCCUACAGAUGACAAGAGUAGAAUUGUCAGAGUUCUAAACCUGUGGCAGAAGAAUAACGUGUUCAAGAGUGAAAUUAUUCAGCCUCUCCUUGACAUGGCUGCUGGAAUUCCUCCUCCUGUUUUGACUCCAAAUUUACCCAGCACUGCAGCUGCUAUUAACACACCAGGUACUCCUGCUACCCCAGCAACUCCAGCUAAUGUUGUACAGGGUAUUCCCGACCCAUGGAUUGCUCAGAUUACCAAUACUGAUACACUGUCUGCUGUGGCCCAGAUUCUACAGAGCCCUCAGGGACAGCAGCUUCAGCAAUUGGUCCAGUCUUUGCAUGUUCAGCAACAGAAGCCCCAGCCGUCUCUUCUUCAGGCACUAGAUGCUGGUCUAGUAGUUCAACUGCAGGCGCUUACAGCUCAACUCACGGCUGCAGCUGCAACCAACACACUCAACCCACUGGAACAAAGCAUGUCUCUCAGCAAGAAACUCAUGGACAGGUUUGGAGAUUUUACAGAUGGUUCUGACCAAACGGAAGAGACAAAAAAGGAGACCUCACAGAUGCCUCUGGUGUCCGAGUCCAUGAACCACUCAAUUUUUCAUCAACUUGCCGAACAUUUGCAGCAGCAAAAUUUAGAGCAUCUUCGACAGCAGUUCAUGGAGCAUCAGCAUACCCCAAAGGUGGCAGCUCAGGAAAACCAGGAAGUAUCUGAAUCUGAAAAUUCUGCUACACCUUCUCAGGAUGACAACCAGCAGCCAUUUCUGGAACAAGAACCGCAAAUCCAUGCCUCAAUGAACAUGCAGCAAGAGGAUAUGGAAAUUGAGGAAAUGCAGGAUGUAAGUGAGGAGAUGUUUGAAAAAGAGGAAAAGAAGUUAAUGAAAGAUGAAAGGCCAAGGACACGUUCAAAGUCUCGUUCAAGGUCACCGAGAAAAAGGAGGUCAAGGUCACGUUCUGGUUCGAGAAAACGUAAACACAGAAAACGCUCUCGCUCGAGAUCCAGGGAAAGAAAACGGAAGACAUCCAGAUCGUACUCAAGUGAGAGAAGAGCAAGAGAGAGGGAGAAAGAACGGCAGAAAAAAGGCCUGCCUCCUAUAAGAUCCAAAACGCUGAGUGUGUGCAGUACCACACUGUGGGUUGGUCAGGUUGACAAAAAGGCAACGCAGCAAGAUUUGACCAACGUGUUUGAAGAGUUUGGUCAAGUUGAAUCAAUCAAUAUGAUUCCGCCAAGAGGUUGUGCUUAUGUCUGCAUGGUUCACAGGCAAGAUGCUUUCCGAGCACUUCAGAAGCUUAGUGCUGGCUCCUGCAAAAUUGGAUCCAAAAUUAUUAAGAUUGCCUGGGCUUUAAAUAAAGGUGUGAAGACAGAAUACAAACAAUUCUGGGAUGCUGAUAUUGGGGUAACUUAUAUCCCAUGGGAGAAAGUUAAACUGGAUGAUCUGGAUGACUUUGCAGAAGGUGGAAUGAUUGACCAGGAGACCGUAAAUAAUGAAUGGGAAACCCAGAGAAACACAGAAACCGCUACUGUAAAAGAGCCACCACCCACUCCUGUAACUACAAAUGUUCAGAGUCCUGUUGUCCAUAAGAACGCAAUUAUAACUACACAACCGGAGGCCUACACUCAGCCAGUUGCGAUGCUGCAGAUCCCAGUUGGUCCAACAGUCCCAGCUGUGAGCCUGGUCCCCCCUGCGUUCUCCAUGUCGGUUCCUCCACCAGGAUUCACCACUAUCCCUCCACCUCCUCCAUUUUUACGUGCCAGUUUCAACCCCGCACAACCACCACCAGGUUUCAUUCCACCACCAGUACCCCCUCCUGCUAUUCCACCUCCUCCUGCUAUUAACUCGGCUAUUUCAACAGCUUUGGUCCAUCCACAAAUGCAAUUGCCUCCAGAUGCCAUGAAAGACGUUUCGUACGGGAACUUAAUGUUACCUGUUGGGUCAGUUGUGACUUCUCAAGCUACUGCAACAGUGUCAACACAGUCUAUUUUCAAUCCUGCGGCAAGUAAUCAAGAAGAACAAGAAGAAAAAAGAUCACAGCCAGCAGAACAGCAAUCGUCUGAAAGGACAGCAGUCAGUAAUGCUCAAACUACUGUGGUAAGCAGCACUGGAGUUUUGGGUGUUCAGCCUCCUCUCACUGCGACUGUCCAUCCUUACAUGCAUGGUCGAGUGGCUGGCAUGCCUUAUUUGGAUAUUCGUCAGGGGUUACUGCCACAGCCACCUACGGCAAGAUUUGCUAUGUUGCAACCAGGGAUGCCUCCACCACCUCCACCAAGGAGCAUGCUUCCUCCCACACUAAUUGAACCCCAUGUCCAUCCAAUGCCUUUCCCUCCAAGUGAUAUUUUUCCCUGUCCCGAAAGACCUUAUGGAGUUCAAGGAAGGUCAAACACAGAUACUGCUAAUGAACAAGAAAAAAGUAUCCCCCUUUCAAAUAAUAACAUUCAGCAAGAUGGUGAUCAAGAUUAUCGAUUUCCCAGAAUAGAAAGCCGUGAGACUCAUGGUCCAUCACCUUCAGGUGAAAAUGACAAUGAGAGGAUCCAAGCUGUAGGUAGCCAAGAACAUCAGGUUGCAGGUUCUGCUGAGGAAAGGGACGUUAAAGUAGGGCAUGGAGAAGAUGAUCAUGAGCCACAGGAUAUGGCUGUUGUAGAUCCUUCUGAGGGCCAAGAAAAACUUAUUUCUGAAUCUGUAGGCCAUUUAACUCCUGAAGAAUCUCAUAAUAGUGAAAGGAAACCAGAGAUGGACCCUCAUGAAAACAGAAGGGGACCAGGUCCUCAUGGAUUUGAAAUAAAGGGAACAAACAUUUCAGAAAGCCAAGACAGUCCAUUAAGGCCACCAAUAGAUGCAAGAAUGCAUUUUGGAGGUCAUCCAGUAGAUUUGCCACCUUUUGUAAGGCAUCCACUUGAAGUUAGGGAGUUUUUUGGAAGACCACCAUUAGAGGGAAGGGAUCCCUAUGGUAGACCACUAAUAGAAACACGUGAUCCAUUUGGAAGACCUCAUAUAGAAAGCAGAGAUCAUUAUGGACGACCUAUAUUGGACGAUCACAAUCAUUUUGGCAGACCACCUACUGAUGGCAGAGAUCAUUUUGCAAGGCCGCCUCCAGAUGGUGUUGGUAGGAGGGAGCAAGUACAUUUUCCACCUGAUAAACCUUGGGGACAUCGAGGUGAUUUUGAUGAAAGACAACAUUCUUUUCCUGUAUUUGGAGGCCCAAAAGGCUUCCACGAUGAAAGAUAUCACCAUGGAAACUACAGACAGGAGCCUAGAAAUAUUCCAAAUUGGAACAGGGGAUUUGAACAAGAUGCUCAUAGGGAUUUUGAUGACCGCCGUCGACCUUGGGAAAGACAGAGAGACAGAGAUGAUCGUGAUUUUGGUUUCCGUAGAGAGGUCAAUGGCAACCGUUUUGGGCGAGAGCGGCCACCAAAUUGGAUGCCUCCUCAGCCACAGGUUUUUGAAUACUUCCCUGAGGCGACCACAACUCAUAAAGAGGAGGAUGCUCCUCAGGUUAAUGGAGAAAACCGAGAAACCAGUAGUCCACAACAAACUGUUAAAAAAUCAAAUGAACCUGAACUUUGUGAACAGCCAGAAUCUUCCGUCAAGCUGGACGAAGAGAAAGAUGACAAGAAACCAGAAAUAGAAAGUCAACCAGUGGUUGAAAGCACAGAAAAUGAGGGAACAUAAUCAUCACUCAGUAGGUAAUGAAACCUUUUGUAAAGUUGUCAUCUCUCUGUAAUAGAUUAUUGGCUGACUGGACCUUACUAGUUUUCUCAUUGUCAGCCAGAAUUAAAUUAAUCUGACGUUACUGUUCACCUUUAAAACUGUACAACUGACUUAUAUAGACUUCUCUUACUCUGAACAUGAUAGUUAGAGCUAUUUGUUUUUAUUUUUUAUUUCUGAAUUAGGAAUCAAAAACAUUGCCCCACUUGCUUUUAACCUAAAAACAAAUCUUUAACAACAUGUCCGUCAACAAGACUUCCUAUGGAAGAAUAACAGUUUUUAAUGCUACCGUUGGGUUGGAUGUUGGAACUGAAUGUGCAUUUCAGGCUGCUCUUGAAUUUUAACAAGCGGCCAAAGCUGUGAUUAAUCCCACGUUCCUGCAAUUUGGCUCAAAAAAUAGCACUGGCAGUCUGUGCCGUUCGCAGUACUAAGAUACAAAAGAAAGGAGAAAAAAAAUAUUUUGUAAAAUCAACAACAACACGAUCCCUGUAAUAAUACAGUUAAGUGUCUGUGAAUUGUUUCUUGUACUGCAGUGAGUUUAAAAAAAAAAAAAAAAAUUACAUGAAAAACGUAUGUUUCAAUGUCGGGUGCAUUUUGUUUUUAGAUCUUAAUAAAACAUUUGUUUGAUAACAAUGUUCCAGGUAUUGUAUUUUUUUUUUAACAUGCAAUGUGAUUUAAAUGUUUUACUUAGGCAUGUUUAAACAACUGGAGAGUUGUUGAAAUGUAUGCAAGAACUUGGUCAUUUCUCAGUUUCUUGAGCAAACAUGGCGGAUUAUCGCUGCUCGUAUUCGCCGCUUGGAAAGAAACAUAUGCCCGUUUCUUUUAAUUUUUUUUAUUUUAUUUUUUGUGGUACAGAACAACGUAUUCCUUGGUUUUACGCAACAUUGAUGCCAACAUAUGUAUUCCUUUUUUUUCUGAUGGAAAAAUCUUCCAAAUAUUAAUCUGGAGGGACAGCCAUCUUCUGUUAUGAUGAACCAGAGCAUUUCUCAUCAGAAGACAUUUUUCCUCUCUUUUUUUUUAUUUUAUAUAUAUAUUUUUCUUUGUACAUUUUAUCAUUUGGUAUCCAGGGAUAAUAUUCAUUUUUGCAGUGUUUUAUUACAUUGAUUUCCCCCUUGAAAUGCGAUUAGAAAAUAUCUGGCCUGGGUCUUUGAAUUUGUUGUGUUAAUAUGACCUCUUCUGCAUUCAUUGCUACAUGUUUUCAACAAAAACGGGAAUGUAUGAUGUAAUAAUGAUUACCAAACAUUAAAAAUAAUUGCUGUA